CUCACGGGCGACCAGAGCAAAGUGUACAACCAACUUCCGGCGCCCCACAGUAACCCUGUGUGAUGUACUCAAUUGCGACCUAAAGUUAUAUUUCUGCGGUUUUACAUCAAAAUGGCUUUCAAGUGUCUGACUAUUGUCAUCAAACUAGGAACCAGUUCCAUAGUAGACGAGAACACCCAUGAACCUAUACUAUCUAUCCUCACGCUCAUAGUUGAGACGGUUGCUAAGCUUCGCAAACAAGGCCACAAUGUUGUUCUUGUUUCUUCAGGCGCUGUCGGUGUGGGGUUGCGGAGAAUGGAUGUGGAAGAGAGACCCAAGCAUUUACCUCGCAUACAGGCAUUAGCGGCAGUUGGCCAGUGUAGACUCAUGAGCCUCUGGGACGGGUUGUUUGCGCAUCUGCGUCUCCCAGUAGCACAAAUACUGUUGACUAGGAACGAUAUUGCAGACAGGACGCAAUAUAUCAAUGCCCAAAAUACAUUUUCGCAAUUAUUUGACAUGGGCGUAAUCCCGAUUGUCAAUGAAAAUGACACUUUGGCUGUUUCCGAAAUCAAAUUUGGUGACAACGAUACACUUUCGGCGAUCACAGCUGCCAUGGUCAAGGCAGACUACCUCUUUUUGAUGACCGAUGUCGAUUGUCUUUACACUGCCAAUCCCCGUACUAACCCUGACGCGCGCCCAAUCGAAGUUGUCACAGAUAUCUCUACAUUGGAAGCGGACGUCUCGUCAGCUGGAUCAUCUCUAGGGACUGGUGGUAUGAGUACAAAGAUCGUCGCUGCAAAGCUAGGAACUAGCGCCGGCGUAAUGACCAUCAUCACCAAAAGUUCGAAGCCGGGAAACGUCCAUGAUAUAGUCAACUAUCUCCAGCUGAGCCAGAAGGCUACUGCAACAGAUGCAGAGCUUGAAUCGUCUGAGAGCUCCGAGGUCCCAACACGCAUCUCGCAGACUCUGCCCCCAUUACAUACACGCUUUGUUCCGUCUGAAAAUCCAAUCCAGUCCAGGUCAUUUUGGCUACUUCACGGAAUGAAGCCUCGAGGCACAGUUUACUUAGAUCACGGUGCAUACAGCGCUCUCCAGAAAAAGGCCGGUCUUCUUCCUGCCGGCGUCCUGGGGGUCGAAGGUCAUUUCUCCCAACAAGAAGUAGUACGACUAGUUGUAACUGGGAAAGUUUCGCCCGAUUCGCUCGAUGGUGAUUUCCUUCAACAUGGGAAAGAGCCUAAGGAGGUUGGGCGUGCCCUAGUCAACUAUGGGAGCAUGGAGAUUGAGCGCAUCAAGGGCCACAGAAGCACCCAAAUACAAGCUCUACUUGGUUAUGCUGAUAGUGAAUAUGUGGCACUUCGGGAAAAUAUUGCUUUUCUGCAGAUAGAUGACACUUCACGUCGAUAAACUCCACCAAAUCUGCAUGGCUUUGCGUGGACGAUGGUUCAUUCGAGCCUCAAUCACGCGUGUGCUUGGGCCUGUCUGAAGGAUCACCACCAGGGUCUAAGAAUCAUGUUCGUUCGUCCUUAUUCGCUACAGCCUGGGACUUCGCACCCCCAAUGCUUAUACCACUCUGCAGAUCAUAAUGAUCAUAGGAGUGGGACGAGACGCGCUUUGUGCUGGACUAGAAACAUGCCACGACCUUCCAUGCUCACUUGAAUUUACAGUAUAAUGCUGCUGUGCUAGACAUAGAGCACACAAAUAUGGGAAAGAACCAUAUAUAGUUCGUCAGAAACCUGUUUGAUAGGGCGUUGUACCAUACAUUAUAGUCAAGGAAC